AUGAAAAAUGAUUUUGGCCGAUUCGAAUUGCAUGCAAUAUGGUCAUAUGAGUUUCUGAGUACGCUACUGCUGUUUAGUUGUGCUGUUGUGCUGAUUGCUAGCUUAGCUUUGGUUAUUGACUGUUUUCAGAAUUGCAGAGAGUUGCAGAGAGUUAUUGACUGUUUUCAGAGUUGCAGAGAGUUGCAGAGAGUUGCAGAGAGUUGCAGAGAACAGCUGACAUCAGUUGACAUCAAGAUUUGUGGUCAAGGAGCAAAGUUUGUGGUGGGAGAGAGCAAGUUAUUCCUGUGUAGGUAUAUUGGACGAGUGUUGGAGUUGCUGGAAGGAGGUAGUGGUGUUUAAGUACUGGUUGCUUUGGAAGGCAAUUUGUGUUUGUGUUGUCAAAUCAUCUUCAUUUUUCAAAACAUUACAUACCAUACCAUUCCAUCUUCACCCUCAAAACUCGUGAUCUUGAGUUUUUGAGAAAAGCAGUACUCAUUCAGAAGUUCAUUUGAAGUUUCAUCCAGAAUCCCAUUCCCAUUCCAGAUAUCAUAUUCAAAUCAUUACAUACCAUACCAUACCAUUCCAUCUUCACCCUCGGAACUCGCUAUCUGAGUUUUUGAGAAAAGCAGUACUCAUUCAGAAGUUCAUUUGAAAUUUCAUCCAGAAUCCCAUCCUAAAGUCUGUUUAUUCACAAUUCACGACAAUAGCCCUAGCACUUAUAAGCUAGGUGUGAGUCAAUUCGAAUUGUGGUACACAGCAAUUCUCAAGUCUGUUUAUACACAAUUCACGACAAUAGCCCUAGCACUUAUAAGCUAGGUGUGAGUCAAUUCGAAUUGUGGUACACAGCAUAUCAAUAUCUGAAUAUAUCUGAAUAUACUUAUCUGAAUAUA